AGAAAGGCAGUAAGACACUGCAACAAAUAAUUUUAUACAAAAUCUACUCAACUGCUACAUGGAAAAUGAUCUGAAAAGAGAUGAUAGCUGAGCCAACGUUAAUCAACAAACCAUCUGUUCAAAACGAGAACGAAAUUGUGGAUCUUAAUUCUUCUGGAGCUGUGAACCGUGCCAGUGGAGGGAGAAAUGAGAACAGACAAAAGAGCGUGAGGGGAAAAAGGAAGGCCCGAGAAGGGGUGGAGAAUGCCAAACGCAAGCACCCCAGAACCAGCAAUGGAGGCCUGGGCAGAGCAGAGAAUGGGCGCCCCAACAAGAGGGACAUGGAAUCGGUCACCCUGUUUGAAGUGGUCACCAUGGGGCGGGGUGCCAUCCAGGCCGUGGUGGAUGACUGGAUCGAGGCCUAUGUGAUGGACAGAGACACCGCUCUCCUGGACCUCAUCAGCUUCUUCAUCCAGUGCUCAGGGUGCAAAGGGCUGGUCACAGCAGAGAUGUUUCAGAGCAGAGACAUUGAUGUCAUGAGCAAAAUGGUGGAAGAUCUUGAUGAGGGCUCGGGAUUGCAGUACAAGAGGUUCAUGGCCUUCCCCUGGAUCCUCACUGUCACUUGGCCCAUGGACGUGGACUCUGGCGAGUAUCCUCUCGUCAUCACCACUCAGUACUGGAAGCGCUUCCGCUCGCAGUUCUGUGAAUUUGUGUCGGUGCUGGUGGCACGCUGUCAGAACUGCAUCAUCUUCGACGGCUACCUGAUGAGCACUCUGAUCUCGCUGCUGACCGAGCUCUCCGACUCGCGGCUGCGUGCCUUCAGGCACACCUGCACGCUGGCAGCGGUGAAGCUGCUCAGUGCCCUGGUGAGCCUGAGCGUGAACGUGGACAACAGCCAGAAGCUGCUGGAGGUGGAGAGGUCCAAGACCCCCGGCCGAAAUGCCUCGCCCCGCCUGGAGCGCAUCCAGAGGAAGGUGCUGGAGCUGCAGGAGAGGAAGCUGGAGCUGGAGAACAUGAUGGACGCCAUCUUUAAGGGUGUCUUCCUCAAGCGCUACAGGGACGUGGUGGCGGAGAUCAGGGCCGUCUGUAUGGAGGAGCUGACGGUGUGGAUGCGCCUGUACGGCAGCCUGUUCCUGAAUGACAGCUACCUUAAGUACGUCGGCUGGAUGCUGCAUGACAAGCAACCAGACGUGCGGCUGAAGUGUGCGUUGGGACUGCAGGGACUGUACCUGGAAGAAAACCUCAGCCUCAAAAUGGACCUCUUCACCAUCCGCUUCAAGGAGAGGAUGCUCUCUAUGGUGCUGGAUAAAGACCACGAGGUGGCCAUGCAGGCUAUGAAGCUACUGAUGUCCGUCUCUAAGUACUGUGACGACACGUUCUCUCAGGAUGACUUCAAGCACAUGUUCCAGUUUGUCUACUCUUCCAACCGCCCUCUGGCGGCCGCCGCGGGAGAAAUCCUCUACUGCAGACUGCUUGUUGAGCCUGACGUGCUGACCAGGGAGGGGGCCACAGGUGCCGAGCGGCACAGGGACCUAACGCUGGCCAGAGUGCGGGCCCUGAUGCACUUCUCAGAGGAGAGCGAGCUGCACGAGCAUGUGGUGUACCUGGUGGACAGCCUGUGGGAGUGUGGCGGGGCCGUGCUCAGGGACUGGGCCUCACUCACCUCGCUGCUCCUACAGCCCUCUCCACCCUCCUCCUCCUCACCUGCAGCCCAGGAGCAAGUUGUGAGCCCUGCUGAGCUGCGCUUUGUGCUGGAGGUCCUGUUGGCAUCGGUCAGACAGGCUGCAGAGGGACCUCCACUGGCCGGCAGAGCCACAGGCAAAAAGGUUAUCGGUGCUAAAGACAAGAAGAGCCAGCAGGAUGAGUGUGUCGGCCUCACGGCUCACCUGCUGAGGGUGCUGCCUCAGCUGCUAUGUAAAUACUCAGAGGAUGUGCAGAUGAUGACAUCACUACUCAAAAUACCUCAGUACUUCCAGGUGAUCACGUCGGGAGAGGAGCACAGCGAGGCUGUGCAGGGCCUGCUGGCUCGGAUGGAGGCUGCUGUGAGCGGGCACACCGACCAGGCUCUGCUGGAGGCCGCUGCCCGCUCCUACCUGGCGCUCAGCUCCGAAGAGUCCCCCUGGCACGACCACGUGAUCCCCGUCAUGGACCAGCUCAUCCAGCGCUGGACCGCUCACCUGGGAACACUUUUAGAAGACGUGCUAAAGGAGGGACACUUCACUGAGGAUAAAGAAAAAGCUGAAGAAAUUCUGUCCACACUGAGAAAACUUACUGCUUUCCAUAAUGGUCAACACAUGUCUAAGUGGGGACUGCAUGACCAGGUGUCUAAACUGCUCAUAGCAGAGACCAAGCAUGGAGGACUUCCUGCGGAGGUGGUGGUGGAAGCUCUGCGAUGUGUGGGUCUGUCUAUCCUCUGGAAGCUCCACAGCUUUGGCGAGGUGGCUGCCUCAAGGGAGGCAGUCAUCCGCCAGAGGACCCAGCUCCGAGCCUUCUGUGAGAAAUGUCAUCGCUGCCUCACCCACAUGGAGCAGCAGGUCCGGGAACAGGCAUUUGUGUCCCUGUGUGACGUGCUCGUGGCCCAUAACUACCAGCUGCAGGUGUGGGAGCCGGCGUCGGGCACCCCUCUGCUCCUCUACGCCCCUGACCCCAAGCUGCAGAAGGCCCUGGUCACCUUCAUCCUGGACCAUGUCUUCACUGGCGCCGAGACGGACGGUCACAGCACCCGGGUCAGUGGUUUGGACACUGAGUGUGGCAGCACUCGGCUUGAGGACCUGCACAAGCGCCGGAACCUGCUGGCUGCCUACUGUAAGCUGAUCGUGACCAGCGUGCUGGAGAUGAGCAUGGCUGCAGAGAUCUUCAAACAGUACAUGAAGUACUACUCUGACUUUGGGGACAUCAUCAAAGAGACGCUGAACCGGACACGGCAGAUGGACAAGAUUGAGAGUGCGCGGACACUGAUGCUGUGUCUGCAGCAGCUCUACCUGCGUCUGAAGCAGGAGCAGGAGGGUGGGAGCACUGGGCGGCGCUCGGACGUGCAGACCUACAGCAGCAUUAAGGAGCUGGCCCGACGCUUCUCCCUCACCUUCGGCUGGGACCAGAUCAAGUCCCGCGAGUCACUGGCCAUGAUCCACAGGGAUGGCGUCGAUUUUGUGUUCCAGGGCUUUGUUCAGCAGGCAGAGAGGCAUGCUCCUCCCAACAUCACAUACCUCACCAUCCUCAGCGAGUUCUCCAGCAAGCUCCUCAAGCCAGACAAAAAGACUGUGUACAGCUACCUGCAGAAGUACGCGGGCGAGCACACGGUCAACAACCGGGAGGAGUGCUGGAAGCCGCUCAUCUACUACCGCGCAUCCCUGCAGGCCACGGCCGAGGGAGACGACACCGUCUCCUAUAUCAGCUCCGACAGCAACCGGCCAUCACUGUCCAGCCACUCUCGCUGCCCCUCCGUCAGGCACACAGCCUCAGACGGUGAGAUAAAGACCUCAACCCCACUCCCCUGCAUAGAGACCAAAGGCACCAGGCCCACCCAGAGGCCCCUCAGCAGUCCAAUCGAGAGAAAGGAAGUGGAACAGCGCCCUGUGGUCGGCGAAGAGCCAGUGGACAGCAUCUCACAGGCAUCUGAAGAGCCGCUAGUGUCCAGAUACAACAACGAUGAGGUGGAUGUGGACAUAGUUGUAGGAUGAUCGCGGCGCUCACCCCGAUGUGUUCACUGGGUUUUAGUGUGACUGCAUAUCAUAGGCUUGACAAUGGAUUAGGAACAGGAUUAGGCUUUGGAUAUCUAAUAACUGUAUUAUGAAUUGUACUCUGAAGACAUCGGGACCUCUACACCGUCCUGUCACAAAGACAGCAGUUGGUUUCUCUGAGCUGAUUACUGUCUUAAGUGAUUUGUGUCAAAGAGUUCUUAGAACUCACUUUGAGAACAGUCCCCCACAGGGAACACUGAACACCUUUCAGAAAUGGUUCAUUACAGAACUCUAUAUUGAGCUAUUGAAUUUAAUGCAUAAAAUAUUAAGACUCUUGCCAGGAAACGGUUCUCUGUAGAACACUUAAUAUGUUCAGUCUCUUGCCAAAGUAGAGAUUGUUAGGGGAACCUUUUUUAUUUUUUACAUUUGUGGGGACUUUUUCUAAGUUUUGACUAUGCUAGUGCCAUGCCUUCUUUUUUUCAAUUUCCUGCAUAUAGCUGCAUGUAAAAAUAUAUAUUUUUUAUCUAAAUAUACAACAAUACAUUUGGGUUCUGAAUGGGUCUACAUGGGUUUACAUCUUCCUGUACGGUUCUGCUGUAAUACUGUAGACUUAUAUUGACCCCAUAUUGACCAGUAUACAUCCCCAUAAAUAGCUAGCUUUAUUUUCCUCAUGUUAAGCUUUAAAUAGUUGCUGUUGAAUAACCAUUUUUGGACACAUUUAGGCAAUUGUGCAAUGCUAUGUAAAUAAUUUUCAUAUCUUCUGCAAAAUGCACUCAACUUUAGUACUUUAAGUCCUACUGUGUAUACAGCAGGUUAUUUUGUUUGAUGCACAAAUACACAUUUUAGGGUAAAAGAGGUAUUGAAUGCACUCCUCAAGAGGGACAUGUGUGUAAGAAAUUUUGUUUUUAUGUAGCAGAUGAGCGAACUGUUGGCUUUGAGGCGGUCCAUUUGUACCCACACUACAGCUUUGAGAGGCCUUUAGUUUGCAUUCUCCCUCACAUGCAGUUGGCCAAAGUCUAGAAAGCAAUAUGAAACCUAAAUGCUCCCAGUGGCCUUAGUUUAAGGGAAUAGAAAGAGGAAUUAGGACAUGACUUCAGUCGGAUACUGUAGCAUGAAAAGCAGUGAGGGCAAAUGCAAACUUACAUUCACGGCUCAGCCACUGGUUUGGUCAGGUGAACGACGUCUUGGUAAUACUUUUCUGGGAUAGUCUACCUAAACAGGCCGAUGGUUUGAUGAAAUUCAAACUCAGUCUUUCAAAUUGUGGUCGAACAAUUGGUGAACGUCUAAUCACAACCUCAACCGUAAAUUGUUGCUAACAGAGUGUAAACAAAUAAGUUGUUGAUAAUAUGAACAUCUGUAUAUAUAGUCUAUAUGAGACUAUAAAGGUCAAGUGUGACCCAUGUCCAAGUAGGGGUGAGUAGGAGUAUGUCUGAGUAGAGACGUUGUUGCCUCGUGCUCACCACUGUUCCUUAGUUUAUGGCAGCUCUCUGUGUCCAUCCGUGACCAGUGGAUCCAUGUGCUCUCUGUUCAACUGGACCUUUUUUACCUGUUCACUCUGGUCUGUAAGAAAAUGACUUACAAAAUAAUCUUUCUAAAUGCACCUGUCCUGAAGCAAGGACUGAAAUAA